GGACCAUUUUGCGCUACGCUCGACAAUAUGUGCCUUCGCGGCUAAUUAUAGCACGCUACUCUAACAAUUUAAGCCUCUAGAGAAGGAGAGCAGUAUUCAGAACAAAGAAACCCAACGACAUGCCCAGGAAUGCCAGAAUAACAAAGACUUAGGCUGGAAACCAUAAAAUCAACUUGGCCAGAGCGGUAUGCUAGGGUAGAAACCUUUAAGUUACGCAGGGUGACUUGCGAAUUCCCCCUCAAUCGAGUCACCCUGCGCCUGUGAUUCCGCUUCGUCCUCAUCCUUUCGAUACCUUCCGAUAGUCCAAACCUAGUCUUAACCACUCGAUUCAUAGAUUCCCUUUUAGUCCAUUCUGCUACUUACAUGCCACCGAGGAAGAGCACUACGCCGAUAAUCUGCUCUCCUUUCCAGUGCUCCAAGUCCAGACCGACAUCGCAGCUUCAUCUUUCCAUGCCGAAAAGAAAAGAUUCAGACACGCUGAUGGAAUGGCCUGAACUUCUGACAUGGCAAAGAGAUAAUGAACACAUACUUACCGGCUAUCGGCAAGCAUCAUAUUCCUAUUUCCGCUCAAUCGGCAGCACCUUGCGCCUACAUAAUGAGACAGUCAACAUCUGGUCUCAUGGUCUAGGCACCAUUGCCUUUUCCGUUAUACCUUUUUACCUGUACCACUCGUGGACUCCACGCUACCAAUAUGCCACGCCAACCGAUGUGUUCGCCCUCUUCACCUUCUUCGCAUCCGUCACUGUCUGCUUCUUCUUCUCCUCAUGCUUCCACACCUUCACGAACCACAGUCCCCGAACCUGGUAUAUCACCUCGCAACUCGACCACCUCGGAAUCGUCCUCGUAAUCUGGGGCUCAACAGUCCCCAGCGCUCACUUCGGUUACUACUGCGAUCCCCAGCUGCAACACUUCUUCUGGUAUCUUGCUACAGCAGCAGCCCUGCUCUGCGCCUUCGUGACUUUCCACCCCAUGUUCCGCACGCCCGCUGGACUCAAAACCCGACUCUUACUCUACACGAUACUCGGCCUUUCUUCUUUUCUCCCCGCAAUCCAUGGCGUACGGAUCAACGGAUUCGCGGAACAUGACCGGCGGAUGGGGCUUUCGCAUUUCAUUGGGCUAGGGAUUUUGAACGGGUCCGGAGGAGGCGUCUACGGCGCACGAAUUCCGGAGAGAUGGUACCCAAAGCGGUUCGAUAUCUUCGGGUCGAGCCAUCAGAUCAUGCAUGUGUUGGUGAUAUGCGGAGCGUGGUGCUACAGUGUUGGGUUGUUAAGAGCUUUCGACUACUGGCAUGGGCUGAAUGGGGAUGGAAUCGGGGCAUGCACGUAG